UAAUCGGGCUAAUUUGCAACACGCGUGUUGCAAGCUGUAUGCACAACCUCACGACUCGUACUCUUGCAUGUUUGUGUGCAAUUGUGUACUAAUUACGGUGUAGGGCUAAACUAAGCUUUUGAGUGGUGAUUGUUGGGUUUUCCACAGAAAAGUGACAUAAUGCCUCCAAAGAAGAAGGCAGCUGAGGCUAAGCCACUGCCUCUCAUUGGUCGAGUAGGCACAUCACUUAAGUGUGGAAUUGUGGGAUUGCCUAAUGUUGGAAAGUCAACAUUCUUCAAUGUUCUGACCAAAAGUCAGGCAGCUGCAGAAAAUUUCCCUUUUUGCACCAUUGAUCCUAAUGAAAGUAGGGUACCUGUUCCAGAUGAAAGAUAUGACUUCCUGUGUGAGUACUUCAAGCCAGCAAGUAAAAUACCAGCCUUCCUUCAUGUGACAGACAUUGCUGGCUUGGUAGAAGGAGCCAACGAAGGCAAAGGAUUGGGCAAUGCAUUCUUGUCUCACAUCAGCGCAUGUGAUGCUUUAUUUCAUCUUUCGAGGGCAUUUGAGGAUGAUGAUGUGACUCAUGUGGAGGGAGAUGUGAAUCCAGUCAGGGAUUUGUCAAUUAUCUUUGAGGAGCUUCGCCUUAAAGAUGAAAGCAUCUUGGACCAGAGAGUCACUGAGCUUGAGAAGAAAGCAGUCAGGGGAGGUGACAAGAAGCUCAAGCCAGAAUUUGAAGCCCUUGCCAAGGUCCAGAAGCAUGUCAAAGAGGACAAGAGGCCGGUCCGACAGAUUGAGUGGAAUUCUUUAGAGAUUGAGAUUCUGAAUAAGCAUCUUCUAUUUACGGCAAAGCCUAUGAUCUACUUAGUGAAUCUGUCAGAGAGGGACUACAUACGAAAGAAGAACAAGUGGUUAAUGAAGAUCAAAGAAUGGGUUGAUGAGCAUGAUUCAGGAGCAACAAUUAUCCCAUUCAGUGCUGCCUUUGAGAUUAAGCUCUUAGACAUGGAGGAAGCAGAGAGGAAGGCUUAUCUAGAGGAACAUAAGGUCACAAGCGCACUAGAUAAGAUAAUUACGACAGGUUACAAGGCAUUGCAACUCAUGUAUUUCUUCACUUGUGGCAAGGAUGAAGUCAGAGCAUGGACAAUUCAGAAGGGUACCAAGGCUCCCCAAGCUGCUGGAAAAAUUCACACAGAUUUUGAAAAAGGUUUCAUCAUGGCUGAAGUCAUGAAGUAUGAUGACUUUAAGGAGCUUGGCUCAGAAAGUGACGUUAAAGCUGCAGGGAAAUACAGACAGCAAGGAAGGAACUACAUCGUAGAGGAUGGUGACAUCAUCCAUUUUAAGUUCAAUGCAGGGGCCGGUCUCACCGACAAAAAGAAGUAGAUGAACAGCAGUGCAUCAGCAAUUCAACAAAUUUGUCUUUUCAGUGUUCUGUCCCAAAUAGCUUUGUUUUGGUCAAAUAAAUGAUGCAAGAAACAGUUUAAAAACUGUACAUUAUGCUUGACAUAUGAGAAAGCUUUGGUAAAUUCUGUAUAAAAGUUGUCUGCUUGAUGAAAUUUUUGUGAGAGCUUAGUAUCUUAAUGGUUUAAUGAAACAGAAGAUCAUUAGCAGAAAGCUGUUAAAAAAAUUGACACAUUGUGUGGUAGUAAACGUUCUUGCAUUAAUGGAAAGCCAUGAGAUGUUGAGCUACAGUUGAUGUAAUAAUGAAGGGCUUGGACCUUUCAAUAACUCACUGGCUAACGAACCACUAAAGAAUCACAGUACAGACUUUGUAAAAAAUAGCUGUGGUUUCCAAGCAGUUUAUUGCUUUUCUAUACAGAGUACGUACAUUGACCUUGAAAUUAUCCGUUCAAACUGGUGUAAUCUUUUUCUCAAAGCUGAAUUCUAUUGUCUAUUUUCUGUGCGAAUAGGCCUUAAAAGGAAUAUACUUCAUACCAAGUGUAUUUUAUUCAGUUAAUUUUGUUUUUUUGUUUUUACCCAUACAUGAAGCAUUUCCUCAGUAUUCUUUAAGGGUAACUGUCUUCAAAAUGUUUCGCAUAAUCACCUUAAAUAUGAGAUACAUGCAUAGACUUUCAAGUGGAGUAAGCCACUUGCUAGUUAAAUUUGAAUAAAAUCUGGUACACUGUGUUAUCUGAUUGCAUAGAAACAUAACAAUUUGAAUUCCCCA